UGGUGGCAAAAUUAGUAGAAAAAACAAAGCCCUUAAAAAAAACGCUAUAUCGUCACGUUACAUAACAAGCUCUCGGCCUUCCGCGUAAAUAUCCGGUAGUAGCUCGAAAAAGCAACCUUACAUUUCUGUACUGUGGCAAAAUCAUGGAGUUGUUUCUUUCUGGUCCACUUCUUCAGUUUUGCAAUGCUUCUUUUCCUACUGGAGUCUCUGUCCGUGAUCUAGUUGAUAUUUUUACGAAAGAAAAGGGAAUCCCGUCAUCAGAUCUCUACGUCAAGAAUAAUGGACGAUUAUCAGAGCUUGAUGAGAAAUUGCAGGCUGGAGCGGUGUAUCGACUGGAGCCUCGUCUCUGUGGUGGGAAAGGAGGCUUUGGGUCUAUGCUUAGGGCUCUUGGGGCACAAAUUGAGAAGACCACAAACCGCGAAGCCUGCAGAGAUCUAAGCGGAAGGCGACUAAGAGAUGUCAACCAUGAGAAAGAGAUGGCAGAGUGGCUUAAGAAGCAGGCAGACCGCGAGGCAGAGAAAGAGCAAAGGCGUCUGGAGAGACUGCAGAGGAAGCUGGCCGAGCCCAAGCAUCACUUCACAGACCCAGACUACGAGCAGCAGUGCCACGACCUCUCAGAACGCCUGGAUGACUCAGUCUUAAAAGGAAUGCAAGCCUCUUCCAGCGGACUUGUGAAAGUAGACGAGGCACCGAAACGCAAAAAGCCACCUCCAAACAAAGGCCAAGGGAAAAGUAAGAAGAAAUGCUUUUGGACGGGUGUUGGCGGCCUGGAUGACCUGGACAGCUCCGAGGAUGACGAUGCUGCAAGCGACAGCGGGAACUCUCCCUCAACAUCUGAUUCUGGCUCAGGGGUACCCGGUAGUCCCGUAAAGGGAGCAACCUCAGCUCACACCUCAGCCUCUCAGAGCAGAGCGGAACAAACAGCAACUCCAGAAGCUCCUAGCACAAGCAGCAACUCCAGCUCAGGACCCAGCUCUCCAGAGAGCCCAGCAGAGGUGCAGACACAAUCUCAAGCAGAGGCAGUAGCUUCGGGCACCAGUGACGGUGGGGAGCAGAAGGAGGUGGUCCCCGCAGAAGAAACAUUCCCAAAGACCGACAGUCUAAGCAAAGCUCAGAGUAGCACUAACAAACCCACUUGGGAAGAUGGGCCCUUAGACCUCCAGGCAGUGCACUCGGACAAGGAGCUGGAGACUUUGGGGUUGGACAGGCUAAAGGCAGAACUGAUUGCACGGGGGAUGAAGUGUGGGGGAACCCUGUCCGAGCGCGCUGCUCGCCUUUUCUCCACCAUGGGGCUUUCUGCAGAGGACAUCGAUCCUGCCCUAUUGGCCAAACCCAGCAAGGGCAAAAAGAAAUAACUGCCCAGUUUCUAUUACAACACCAUAUAAUAAUGAGUCUUAUGCUGAGUGGACGCCUGAUAACUUGGUGACAAUUAAGUCAACAGAUAUUAGUACUUGUUAUAACCAUGCCAUGAGCCCCAGAUUCAAAGUGUCUGAUUAUUUUUGUAUGCCCCAAAUAGUGGACACAUUUUAAGAUUGUCCCAGCUAUUGGAUAUACGUCAGAAUUCUACUAUAUUCUCAAUGCAUUUUAUAAAUUUUUCUAAAGUAGAUAGAUUUUACUUUUUGAAAUUCUAUGUACUGUCCCUUAUGUUGGAUGAAAUGUCACAAAUGAAGUGAAGUCUCUUUUUGAACACUCAAAAGAUUUAUCACAGUAUCUGUCACCAAUUGGUGACAGAUUUUCAUGCAAAUAUUCAAAAAUCCUAAAAGGAUUUGCUCAUUUUCCUACUAGAGAUGUUUCCAUUAAAUUGAUUUGUGGCGGAUAAAUCUGUGCGUGAUGACGUAGUGCACAUUAAAAAAAAUAACAUUUCCAUGUACCGAAUAAAAAAUAAAUGUUAUA